AAACUGAUCCUCUUGAUCUUUGCUCCCUCUCUUUUUUUGUCUAUUUCAUGAAUGGGAGAAUACACAGAUCUCCACCACCACCAUCAAGAAGAAGAAGAAGAAGAGACAGAAGUAGAAGUAGAAGAAGAAGCACUUUCUCUUUGUGACCUUCCACUUGAAGAUGACACUAAGAAGAUGAUGUCCACCAACUGUCGAAGAUCAAACUCAGAGCCACAUGAAUUCUUUGAGUUCUUUAGUGACCUUACUUCCAGUAUGUGCUCAGCUGAAGACAUCAUCUUUUGCGGCAAGCUCGUACCCUUAAAUAAAGAAGUCUCCUCUCCAAUCCAAACCCUUAUACCUCACUCCGAACAAGACAAACGGAGAAGUUCUUUUUGCCGCCGAUCUGAGUCUGUUCCUGGAUUACGUAGCUCUGUGUCUCGUUCAAAUAGUAUCAGUACAACUAAACUCAUGAUGAGAAGUAGUCGCUCUCUAAAUUAUCGUAAACUUGAGAGGUUUUCCACCGCUAGAACUUCGCCAGAAUUCGAUAAAACAAUUGACCGGAGCUCCUCCGUGAGAAGUAUUGGAAAAGUUGAGGGAAUGGUUAAAAAGACGGCCAAGCCAAGGUGGUACGUGCUCAUAUUUGGGGUGGUGAAGCCCCCUACAGAGAUGGAGCUAAGAGAUAUAAAAAGCCGACAAGUUCGCCGGAAUUCUUCGACUAUGAUGUUCCCACCUCCAUUUUCCAAUAGCGUGAAAAAGCCUUCGAUUGGCAAGGGCUCUUGUAAGCUUCUGAAAAUAUUGAGUUGCAGGGAUUACACUAGUGUGGCUGUAACGACGUCGUUUUACAUACCUCCCCCAUGAGAAGUUGGUAGUUGUCACGUUCUAUGGAUAGUCUUGUCCCUGGAGGAGUUUGACAGUGGCACGAGGUCGCAGGGGUAAAAAAGACACGCCACGAUUUGAUGUACAAGGGAGGAUGAUAGGAUACACCGGUGGAAC